AUGACGUUUUCCCUUCCGGGUGCCGUGUACGUGAGAUGGGGACGAACUACAUGCCCGACAAAUGGAACUGAUCUGGUGUACACGGGUUACACUGCAGGAAAUAGCUAUAAUCAGGGCGGUGCUGCCGAAUACCUUUGCCGGACUUCAGAACCUAUCUGGAGCGUUUAUGACGACACUGCACAGAGAUAUUCAUCCAAGGUCUAUGGCACUGAAUACGAGUUCGAACUUUACACGAACGGAGGAGCCCAGUUCUUUGGCAAGAAUCUUUUCAACCAUGACGCCCCUUGUGCAGUCUGUCACACGUCUCGACGAACCACCAUCAUGAUCCCUGGCAGGAACCAGUGUUACCCCGGGUGGACAAAGGAAUACUCUGGCUAUCUGGUGUCUACUUUGUCAGGGUAUUCAGGCUACUCAUCCCCUUCAAACUACGCAUGCUUAGAUUCUGACGCCGAGUUUGAAAGUGCAGACUAUGAAGACAAAGAUGGAAAGCUGAUGUACCUUGUCGAAUCCAUUUGUGGAUCCCUUCGAUGUCCACCGUAUGUAAAUUAUCGUGAAUUAACAUGUGUUGUGUGCAGCAAAUAAAUAUACAAUAAUUAA